AUGAAGGAGAGGAGGGGGCGAGAAAGGAAGCGGCUGGAUUUAGUGGAGGCGGAAAUAAGACUCCUGGAAAAGGAGAAGGAGAUGGGGUCGCAUGUAAUGGUGGAUAUUGAAAGUGAAGCUGAGAUUAAGCGGUGGGUUAAAGGUCGGCCGAUAGUUAGUAAGGGUGGGGUUUUAGGUAAAAUAGAUGGUAAAUUAGAUAAGAUUGAAGUUGUUAAAAAUAACAACAAAGAUAAUAAUGAUUUAAAUAAGCAAAAUAACGGAUUAGGUGGGGGUUUAAUUGAUAAUGAGGCGGUUAAUGGGUUAAGUAAAUUGUACUUUGAAAUGAGUAAUUUGCCUUUGGAUUAUAUGUUGGGCCAAAGUAACAAGAUGGUCUUAACGGCUGAGUGGGAGUUAUCUUUGUUAGAAAGAGAGUGGAUAGAUAGAUUGCGAGAAAUAAAACGGGGACUAGAUAGGAAAAGGCUACUGGAAGAAAAAGUGGCUAGUUUAGGUACGGAAGUGGAAGUAACCAGGCGGCAGAUAGUUAAGAGUACUCGGGCUAAGCAGUACUACCAUAAAAGAAUAGGUAGUAGUGUUAAGUUAGGAGGUAGUAUGGUAAUGGGUGACCUUAAGUUGCAGAAUAGGUUGGGUUUGGGUGGUGUUAGUUUGGGUGGUUUGGGUGGUAGUAAUAGUAGUAUUAGUAGUAGUGAUAAGUUGGGGCGGUUGGUGGCUGGGGCUGAGUUUGAAGAGAAGAAGAAGGAGAGUGUUAGUGAGGAGGAGUUGCAGAGGAGGUAUGACGUGUCUUUGUCCCUCUUUUCUUUGAUGAAGGCUAAUAAGAGUGCUGUGCGUGUGAGUAUUCCGGUGACUAAGAAAAGUUCAUCUGCUAUGCACUCGUCACAUGCUGCUUGCUUAGAGAAGGUGAGAGCGGAAGCUGGACGUAUUUCGACUAUUCCGGAAUUGGCUAGGUAUAGACAGUGCCGGAGGCAGCAGGAGCCUCAGUCGCAACAAACAGUUCAUUUGCACAAGACGGCUAAGCAUGGUAUUCCUAUCAUUUAUGCCCAACCGAGUGUUAGUGGUGCUGGUAGCGCAGUUAGUAGUGGUGUAGCUGGUGAUAGUGCUAGUAGUGUAGUUAGUAGUAGUGCUGGUGAUAGUGUUAGUAGUGGUAAUGCUAGUAGUAAUGUAGCUAGUAGUAGUGUAGCUGGUGGUAAUGCUAGUAGUGCUAGUAAUACUGUUACUAAUCCUACUGCGACUAAGACUGCUGCUAACAAUGAUAAUAGUGCUAAUAAUGGUAAUAAUAGUUGA